CUUUUGUUCAGAGACAGUUGAGAGAUUAUUGGUUGUGAAAAAUGAACAAAUUUGAUAAAUUGCUGCUCAUGUAGAUUGUAUUGAAUAAUUUUUCCGUCGAGAUUGGAAUAAACUGUGCUCCAUCAUCAAUUGAAACCAUAAUACUCAGCGAUAAUCAACAAUCAUCACAAAACAACAGUUCACUUUCCUGGCUUGUCUCUCAUUGUCUCUCGUCAACCAUUCAUAUCCAAAUAGAAGAUUAAACAGCGAUGGGCAAAGUUUCAACUCUAGUCUCUUCAACAUUCAUUGUUUUAGGGCUGGUAGUUAAUGGUAUACAUUCCUGGAAUUACGAGGAUGAAGACACCAAAGGAGUUUUCCGUUGGGGUGAUCAAUAUCCAGAAUGUGAUGGUUUGAAUCAAUCGCCAAUUGAUAUUGAAACAGCUAGAGUCCAAGUGAACCGUGAUUUAACCGUUGAAAUCGGUGGAUUGGAUGAGACACAUGAAACUUGGAUUAGAAACAAUGGACACACUGCUCAACUCGGAUUACUUGAUUCACCAAAACCCAAUUUGACUGGUACCGCUGUGAAUGGUAAACUGUAUGAAUUUGCUCAACUACAUUUUCAUUGGGGUGAAAAAUCAGAUAGAGGAUCGGAACAUUCCGUUGAUUCUGUUUUCUAUCCAGCAGAGAUGCACAUGGUCUUUUAUCGUAAACAAUACGGUGACAUAGAAACUGCAGUGAAAUACAAGGAUGGUUUGGCGGUGGUCGGUGUCUUUUUACAGAAUUCCAAGACGAAUAACCCCAACUAUGAUCCUUUAAUAUACGCUGUUCGCCAAGCUCCUGAUUACAAAGCAAAAUCAUUUUUACCAUCAGAGAUAACUUUACGCCAAUUGUUGCCUCGAAAUACUCAAAAAUUUUAUCGCUAUUCCGGUUCAUUAACAACUCCACCUUGUGAUGAAAUUGUAACCUGGAUACUGUUGGCUGAUCCUGUUGAAAUUGGUGAACAGCAGUUGGAAGUUUUCCGUCAUGAGAGAACCAAUUAUGUCUCAAUGAGAUCUGGAAGUAAUAGGAUUGACCAUAAUUAUCGUUAUCAGGCUCCCAUCAAUCGUCGAAUUGUGGAAUCUUCAUUUAAUCCGAGAAUAAGCUUCUCCACUCCAUUGAAUGCACGAGCCAUUAAGCCAUUCUAUAAGAAUGUAUUCUUCCCGUCCUAUUAAUUAGACAAUUUGCCCUCUAAAUUCAUUAAACUAAUUAUUUAAAAUAAUCUUGUUAUCUGAAAA